GGAGGAAUCCCAAGAAAUCCACCAGACUGCCUCCCUUCAUUCUCUCUCUCUCCCCUCCAACUUUCAAUCUUCUUCACUCUUUUAUUAUUGAACCCCAUUUUCUCUCUCCACACACACAACUAUAUAUACACACCAUAAUACUUACUCUGAUGCACGUUCAUUCAAAUUGUCUUCCUCUCUCCCUGCCGUCUCUGGUUUCUGAGAUUUCAUUUUAUUUCUCAGGAACCCAUUUCAUUCUCGCACUAGAGAUAUUGACAGGCGGGGAGAUAUUAAUAAGCGUUUGCAAAGAUGAUUGAGGAAUUAAUUACCAGGACCUUGAUAUUGGUCUUUGGAUAUGCAUAUCCUGCAUUCCAAUGUUUCAAAACUAUAGAGAAAAAUAAAGUUACGGUCCCAGAACUCAGGUUUUGGUGCCAAUAUUGGGUGAUUGUGGCGUUGAUAUCAAUUCUGGAAAAAGUUCUUGAUAUAUUUAUUUCAUGGGUGCCUUUCUACCGAGGGAUAAAGUUAAUCCUGUACAUUUACUUGUGGCAUCCCGGUACAAAGGGGAGUACCUACAUGUACGACACGGCGGUGCAACCGUAUGUGUCGAGGCAUGAGGCAACAAUAGAUCGGGGCAUUGCAGAAUUGAAGGAGAGAGCGUGGAAUUUGGCACUUAGUUAUUGGUAUAACUGCGCAGAUAUGAGCUCCAAAAAAGUUCUACAAUGCCUUCAAUUAUUGAUGACUCAAGUCAUGAAUGCUGCAUUAUCACGCCCUCAAUCACAGGAGGCUCAAUCCAACGACACUUCGACGCCAACGCCGCCGAGCACGCCUUCUGGAAUCUUCAAGAGAAACGUUUCCGAGAAGCGGCGGCCGCCUGUUGUGCCGCCGGGAACCGUCGGUAGCCCAACCCCCAAAUCCGACACUACGAAAGUGAAACUCCAUAAUCAAGCACAAUUUAUUCAUAACGAUGAGGCGCCUACUAAGCAAGAGAAAUCAGAAAACGACCAGGAUUUCCUUGCUGCCAAGGUCAAGCUCAGGCGCGUCAGCAACAAAGAGUAAAUAAAUGAAUCAAUAGUUUAGGAUAGUAUUUUUUUUUAUUCAAUUUUUUUCUUCUUGUAUUUUCAAUUCAUUUUAUUUUUACUAGAUUCCAAAUAUGCGAUUGAAGCACCGGAAAAAAAAAAAAUGGAAAUUGUACAUUUUUUUUUGUGUUUGAAAAUGUAAAUGCGAAAGUCCGCACCGCCAAACACAUUGUUGAAAACCAUCGCUAUCUGGAGCAGCGAAUCCACACAAUCUGGAGCGUCCAAUUGAUGGCCCGAGCGACGCUGCGGCGGACCAGGUCAAACAAGGCGGCGAGGCGCGGGCAGAUGCGGCCGAGGAAGCCACCGUCGGCAGAGCCGGGGGAGGUGGACAUCGGCUGGAGGUACGCCCACGCCGCCUGCUUGACGAGGCGGUUCCGGAUGCAGAUAUCGGAUCCGCCCUGCGUGGAGCUCGGCCGCGGCGAGUUGACCGCCGUCGUCGGGAGGAGGUCCUUCAGCGAGGUGUAGCUGUGAGAAUUAGGCUUGAUCGACAGCAGCUCGAGAUCGUCGGAAGACGACGACGUGGUGGCGGAGGUCGUCGUCGACGAGCUGUGGUGGUGGUGGUAGAGGAGAUUGAGCUUGGUCGGCGCUACUACGAUCGAGGAGGGGAUUGAACUCCGGCGGCGGAGGAGCGGAUGCUCGCUAGGCUGCGCCGGUAUCGAUACGACGACGUCUGCCAUGGAGGCCGGGACUUCAGAGUUGAGAGGAUUUGGAUUCAUUAUUUUCAUUUUUUUUUUUUUUUGCGUUCAGUGGUUUGGAAAAAUGUGUAUACGGCGGCGCCUUCACCUUUUAUGGUGGAGAGACUUUUGAACAUUUAUUAUUUGAUUUUAUUUUUACUUUUUUUGUAAUUUGGAAAUGGAGUAACGCAAAUUAUUGGCGUAUGUAUGUGGUCACUGUCUUAGAAUGUGGUCUACUACUUGUGUAGCUCCUUUUUGUUAUUCAACUAUUAUUAGUAAUAUUAAUUAAUUGCUUA